GUGGUAGAUGAGGGAUGAGCAUUCACAAAGCUUAAAAGCAAUAGAAGCUCCCAAAGAUUAGCUAUAAGAGGCAUCUAAUCUAAAACUCUGUUCUAUAAAAGCAAAGCAAAUUAAUAUUGUCCCCUGAAUAGGCAAUGCUUCAAUCAUUUUAGCGCACUAUUGUUUUUGUACUCAGUAGAAGAAAAUAGGGUUUCUUUUUUCUUUUUAUUUUUCUUUUUCUUGAAGCAAAGAAAUUUUGGGUCUUCGAAGUUAUGAGUAAAGAAGAAGAGGAUGAAAUAGAAAACAGGGGAGGAGGGUUGAAACCGGCGUCGGGGCCGUACAAAUGGCUGGCGAGCUUCCACCGUGAUCUAAUGGCGGGAGCGGUGAUGGGUGGCGUGGUGCACACGAUCGUGGCACCGAUUGAGAGGGCGAAGUUGUUGCUUCAAACCCAAGAGAGUAAUUUGGCUAUCGUGGCAGGUGGGAGAAGGAAAUUCAAAGGGAUGCUUGAUUGUAUCUUCCGUACGGUUAAAGAAGAAGGUAUUCUUUCUUUAUGGAGAGGCAAUGGGAGUAGUGUUCUCAGAUAUUACCCUUCUGUUGCUCUUAAUUUCUCCCUCAAGGAUCUGUAUAAAAACAUAUUAAGAAACGGUUAUUCUGAAGGUGGUCAUGUUUUCUCUGGAGCAUCUGCUAACUUCAUUGCUGGAGCUGCAGCUGGUUGUACAACAUUGAUCUUGAUCUACCCUCUUGACAUUGCUCACACCCGCCUUGCUGCAGACAUUGGAAGAAGCAAUGUCCGUCAAUUCAGAGGCAUCUACCAUUUCCUGAGCACCAUACGUGAAAAAGAUGGGAUACAAGGAAUUUACAGGGGUCUUCCUGCUUCUCUACAAGGGAUGAUUGUUCAUCGGGGUCUAUAUUUUGGAGGAUUUGAUACAAUAAAGGAAAUCUUGUCUGAAGAGUCCAAAACUGAGUUGACAUUAUGGAAACGUUGGGUGGUUGCACAGGCUGUGACAACAUCUGCUGGAUUGUUGUCAUAUCCACUUGAUACAGUUCGGAGGCGGAUGAUGAUGCAAUCUGGCUUGGAACAACCGAUGUACCAUAGCACACUGCACUGCUGGAAGACGAUUUAUAGAACAGAGGGGGUGAGUUCAUUUUACCGCGGGGCACUAUCUAACAUAUUUAGGAGCACUGGUGCUGCAGCCAUCUUGGUUCUAUACGAUGAGGUCAAGAAAUUCAUGAAAUGGGGUGGAUUGUAGGUGGAAGCAAUUUUUGACAGUCCUUCUUUUUUGAGCUAAAAGGAUUAGAGUAGAAUGAGAUUCAGGAUUUACAACUGGAAAAGGCCUUGUAAAAAUGCAACUGAGAUUGAUACUCUCAUUACCAUGUUGUUUACUAGAUGACAUUCAUUUACCACAUUGGUGAACCACACCAUGAUUUUGCUUGACGAAUAAAAGAGGAAAUUGUUGCUUGUCGAA